AUGACAGGGAGGAUCGUGUCCGAGGUCUCGAUCCAUGCGCAAAUCGAGCAUCCGGGCGUGGUACCGCUGCUGGCCUUUGAGGAGGACGACCGAUUUGUGUACCUCGUCCUGCCACUGGCUGAGGGAACUCUGGCAGAGGCUGUGGCGGAUCUAGGCGGAUUGAUGGAUGAACAGACUGCAGGAGCAUGUCUGGCGCAGAUCACUGACGCUGUGGCCUACCUGCAUGCGCAUGGCGUGCUCCAUCGCGAUCUUAAGCUGACCAACAUCCUCGUCAUGCCGCAACACGCCAGCAAGGCGAAGGAGAAGAGGACCGGGUGGAAGCUGAUGGUGGCCGACUUUGGCCUUGCUGCUAAGGUCGACUCGCCGCACGAUGCCCGGGCCACCCGGUGCGGGACGCCCAACUACAUGGCUCCCGAGGUUGCUUGCGCUCUGCCGCACUCGUCGGCGGCCGACGUGUGGGCGCUCGGGGUGCUGGCGUACACGCUACUGGUCGGCCGCCCGCCGUUUUCACCCUCUGAUGCGGCUGAGGCGCGGCUGCCUGGCGUCCGCGGCGCCCGUGCCACUCUGGCCAAGGUCAAGCGCGGCAAGUACGUCCUGCCGGACACCGUCUCGCCGCUGGCGGCCGACUUUAUCUCGGCUUGCCUCCGCCACCGUCCCGAGGACCGACCGACCGCGGCCCAGCUUGUUGCGCACCCGUUUCUUGCCGGCCCGGUUACCGUCUCGCCUGGUGCCGAGUGGGACGCACUUGUGUACGGCAGCCCAUCCAAGGUGCCUGGACUCUAUGCCUCCAUCACUAUCACCGUCGCCGUCGCUGCCACCGUCGCCACCCCCCCUGUGGCGCCGCUUGUGCCGCUGGACGCCCGCGGCGUGACUUGCGUCCGGGUGGAGCGGACAGCUUUUGGAUCGGUCUCUGUCCUGCCCAACUCGGAGGUCGGUGUCGAGGUUGUCCCGCUCAACGCCAUCCUCCUCGUCGCCUGCGAUGGGACGGCGGUGCGUGUCGGCCAGCUCGACAAAGCUGCCGAGUUGGGCGGUGGGCUGGAGCGGACGACGUACGGGCUGGAGCAUCUGCCAGUCGCAGCACAUCCGUACUAUGAUGCUGCGCGCGAGUACGUGGCCCGUGUCCGGGCCGCCACGCCAAAGGUCACGCUCCACACGCCGCUGGGCGUGUUCUCGCUCUCAGCAGCCGGAGCAUAUGGUGCGCGGUUUGGCGAUGGCUUUGAGAUGAGCUUUAAGCCUGGCCACAACUCAUACGAGCUGGCGGAUGGAACGUCGGUCUCUGCCCAUCUGCGCAGCGCGGUGGCGCCGCCGCUGGCGGCUCGGUUGGAAGCCUUUGAUGCGGCGCGGGCGGCGCUAGAUCGACUCGAGGCCGAAGAGUGCGCGGUCUUUCCCUUGGUGGCGGUCGACCCGCUGCUCGGUGCACUCGGCGGUGACGCGAGUGCUGGAAAUUGGACGGCGUCGUCGUCAGCGUCGACCACUUCAGCCUCAUCGUCGUCUGCGUCGUCUUCCGGGCGGGCUGGCCUCUCGCCACCGGUCCACGUGCCUGGGACCGGAUGGGCCUUCCGUGACGGCGGCGCCAACAUGCACCUCCUCUUUGAUGACGGGGUGCACGUGGAGAUCCCAGCAUCGGCGACGACGGUGCGGAUGACAUCGGUCGAUGGCGGUGCGUUGGUCUUCUCCCUCGACGCUGUUGUGCCGCCCGAAGUCCGCGCCCGCCUCGCGCACGUCCCUGCCUUUGCCAACGCACUCCGCUCACAGCGACAGCCACCAGCCUCCGACCGAUAA